CAAAACACUUGAGUUCUGAUUGGAAAGAAAUGAGAAGUGUAUGAUGUAGCAUUUUUGUUUCCUCAGUCAUUCUUCUCCAAAGUUGUCGUCAAUGGCGGACUGGUCUGAACUUCCGAAGGACCUUCUAAACCUAAUCUCCCAACUCCUUCAAAGCCCUCUCUACCUUCUCCGUUUCCGAUCCGUUUGUUCUUCUUGGCGCUCUUCAUCUUCAUCUUCUUCCCCUUUUCCCUUCUCUCACUCCAUCACUCUCACCCCCACCUUCUCCCUCUCCCAUCGAUCCCUUCUCCUCCUCACGCCACCCUCCACCGCCCCCAACAGCCGUCCCUGGCUCGUCAAAAUUUCCCACGACACACGCGCCGGUACUGCGCGUCUCUUCCACGCGCUUUCCCGCUCCCAGCCAAAACGACCCCGUUUCGCGCUCGACCUCCUCCGCCUCCACGUUCUCGACCUUGGCCGCGAGUUCCGCCUCUCCAGCGCCUGCCCCUCCACGGAAUCCCUCUACGACGAGAAGCUCGUCCUCCUCUCCGUUGGAAAUGACGGCUUUGCCCUCCUCACCAUCCACAUCUCCGGCAAGCUCGCGCUCUUCCGCCGCGGCGACUCGGGCUGGACCAUCAUCCCCAACAUGCCGACCCCCUACGAUGAUGUCUGCGCCUUCCGCGGCUCCUUCUACGCCGUCGACGGAAACGGCCGUACAGUCACAGUGGGUCUCGACUCCUCGCUCCGCGUUGUCACGGAGCGCGUCUUCGGCGGGGACAAGAAGUUUCUGGUGGAGUGCGACGGAGCGCUGAUGCUGGUGGACCUGUACUUAUUCACGGACUACGAAAAUUUGGACGAGGAGGGUGUUGGUAUCAUUGCGUGGGAGAGGACGGUGAAGUUUGAUGUGUUUAGGCUCGAUGAGGAGGUGGGGAGGUGGGUGGAGGUGGCGAGUUUGGGGGAGUGGGUUUUGUUCUUGGGAGAAGAUUGUGCGUUUUCGGCUUCUGCCAAGGAUUUGAGGGUUGAGAGAGGGAACUACGUGGUGUUUAGAGAUAAUUGGUUGGGUGCUGUCAGGGUUCCUAAUGUAAUGGGAGCUUUUGAUUUGGGUGAUGGAAGGAUUUCGCCCUUGUCUGAGUGUCCCGGCUUUUCUGAGCUAUUCUGGCCGCCCCCGGUUUGGGUCAGGACCCAUUGAUGCUUCUCGAGAUAGAUGGGAAGACAAAAGAUAUAAGGAAUUGAUAUGAUUGAAGAUCCGAUGUUAGAAGAAGUGAGGUGUAGAGAGAAAUGAGAGGUAUUGAUGGCGUUGUUUGUAAUUUCUGAGUGUUGGGAGGUUCCAAUGUAUUUGCAGAAUGUAAAACUGAAAAGCCUCUUUCUUUUGUUUUCAGUUGGGUUUGAUAUUAAACUGAGUUUGGCUUUGAAACUCAGUUUGAAAAAUAGAAUUAAAGAGAGAGUUGCUUUUACAAACUCAGUUUGCUAUAUGAAGUUCAUUCAAACUUAAGUUUACAAAAUUUAGUGUGUUAAUUUAUCGUAGGGCACCACAUUUUUCAUUAUUGUUUGGUUGCAUUGGGUGUUAAUAGAAUCAUAAUUGGAAUGGGGACUUUUUUGUUUGGAAAAUGGUUGGAUUUGACUCUUGUUGAAGUGUCCCAGGCGAGGUAAUCUGGCCACCGCCAGAUUGAUUCAGGGUGACACUUCAUGCUUGGUAUGCUUAUAUACGUACUCUGAUUUGGUUAUUUCAAAGGUGAAUUAUGCAUGAAAAUCUAAUUUCAUUGCUUAGUGCAUUUUUGGUAUUCAGUUGGAGACCCCAAUGUGCAAUCAAAAAUUAUAAUCUCUUACUCAGUUUACAGUUUGAUUUGAUUGUAAAUAGAGUUGUCUCUAUUUUGCCUUGAAACUCAGUUUGAAAAAGAAGUAAAGCGAGAGAUGCUUUUACAACUCAGGUUGCAAAAUGAAGUUCAUUCAAACUUAAGUUUAGAAACUUCAAUCCAAACACAGCCUUAGUGCGUGUUUUAAUUUAUUACAGGACACCUACAAAGCCACUCGUUGUUCUGUAUUUUUAAACUUGGUAACUGGAGUAUUAAUUUGUUGUUAAUUGAAGCAUGUACUAAAGUUUGGUGUAUAUAAAGAAGGUUGAUUAAUGAAGUUUUAGAUUAGGACUAUGAGUGUCUUAUGAAGAAGUAUAGGUAUUUUUGACAUGGCUCUUUUUAUUACGAGAAUUUCUCUCGGUAAUUUUGCAUAUCUAUAAAGUGGAGUAACAUAUUAGAAGACCUUUACAAA